AUGACAAAUGUUUACAAGGAUAUAACAGAAGAACAAAGAGCAACCAAUUCAUAUGCAAGCCUUGUGCCGGGUCAAACCAUAGUCGAGAUACCUGAGUACACGCUAGAGUGUGGUGAAACUUUGUAUAAUUUUCCCGUGGCAUACAAGACGUGGGGGCGAUUGAAUAAAAAGGGCAAUAAUACAUUACUAAUAUGUCAUGCAUUAACUGGUUCAUCGGAUGUACAGGAUUGGUGGGGCCCAUUAUUGGGCACAGACAAGACAUUCGACCCAUCCCGAUUCUUUAUUGUUUGCAUCAACUUUUUGGGAUCACCUUAUGGAUCUUGUUCUCCUGUCACUAUUGAUAAAUCUAUUGGUAAGCCUUAUGGGCCAAAUUUUCCCUUGGUUACCGCAAAGGAUGACUUGGGUAUACAAAGGUUGAUUUUGAACUCUUUACAAGUGAAGCAAAUUGCUUGCGUAAUUGGAGGUUCAAUGGGUGGUAUGUUGGCAAUGGAAUAUUCUAGCACGUAUAACAAUUCGGAUUACGUGAGAACGGUUAUCGCCUUGGCUACUUCAGCUAGAGCUUCAGCAUGGUGUAUAUCAUGGAAUGAGACUCAACGUCAAUGCAUUUUCAGUGAUCCCUUUUAUAAUGAUGGUUAUUACUAUGAAAACGAUUUGGGGUUGAAACCUGAUUCAGGAUUGGGUGCGGCAAGAAUGGCAGCUUUGCUCACUUAUAGGUCGCGAAAUUCAUUUGAGACGAGAUUUGGUAGAAAAUUGGGUAAGUCAUUGAGCAACAAAGAUGAUAGCAAUGAUGAAACCGGUAAAGUGUAUCCAAAGACAAAGGAUGAAGAACAUUGGCUUUUACACAACGAAGGAUCUCAACUGACCAAUGGUCAACAGACAAACAAGGACAAGAAAUUACCAACUUACUUUACAGCUCAAUCAUAUUUGCGAUAUCAAGGUCAAAAGUUCAUUAAGCGAUUUGAUGCCAAUUGUUAUAUUUCAAUAACUAGGAAAUUGGACACGCAUGAUAUAACUCGUGGUAUGGUUGAAACAAUUACCACUGAGGAUCCUUUACCUCAAAUUUUACGAUCUUUGAAAAAACCACAUUUGAUAAUAGGUAUUGAGUCGGAUGGAUUAUUUACAUAUGGAGAACAAAAACUAUUGGGCGAGAAUAUCCCAAAUUCAAUAUUGAAAAAAUUGGACUCUCCAGAAGGGCAUGAUGCAUUUUUGCUUGAAUUUGAAAUCAUUAAUGAAAAUUGUUUAGAUUUCUUGAAGACGAAUUUACCGGAAAUGUAUAGCGACGAUGUGGAAUUGUUUGAAGAUUGGGCCAAAUAUGUUCAAGAUGUUGACAAUGGAGGUAAUUCAGUAUUCGGUGAAGCGGAAAAGAAUAUCACCAACUGGUAA